AUGAGCGGCCGAGAGAAUCUCUCGCCACCAUGGGAUGGGAACUCUCCAGCAAUGUCCGAGAACGUAUCACCACAGAGUGGAGAGGCGUCCAACUCGAAUGUUUCGCCACAGAACGGCGUCACGUCGAGCUCUGGAAAUAGCCAACCCGGCAGUGCUGGGGCAGCACGGCCAAGGGAGAAGAAGCGGGUUGGAUGGAGUGGACCAGACUCUGCAGAAAGAAGCCGCCGGGUGAGCUGGAUGAAUGCGGAGGGGGAGGAAGAGGCACCUCCCAUAUCCGUGACCACAUAUGAUCCACCUUCCGAUGACUUUGGCAUCGCGCACUCUAGAAGCGACAGCGAGGAUCUGCUGAGCCCAUCCAAAUCCCAUCUUCCAGCAUUGUCGCCGCAGCAAACGCAGGAACUUCAUCAAGUGCUCGGUCAGACCCUGGGUGUUCCCGAAUCACCACGACCUCCGCCGCCGCCAAUCACACGUGCUUCGAAGCCUCGUCCGGCGAUCAGAAGGGCCGUGUCUACUCCGCCGGAACAUUCUAGCUCGCCGGAAGAUGAUCUGGACCAGCACACCGAUGACGGUCAGCGAGCACAUCGCCAGGCACGGAUGCGGGAGGCCUUUGAGCGAGGUAAGCGAUUGGAGCAUGCUGAGCGAUCAGCACCUACCUCCAGGCACACUUCGCCGCAGCGCCACGGGCGAAGGGACGAUGACAUAGAAAUGGAAUCUUGGCAGCCCAAGGACGAGCAUUCCGAGGAGGAAGACGAUGACGAUGCGGGGCUGGAGAUGCCAGCGUUGAAGCGGCAGAAACCAAUCGAGCACUACGAAGCGCACAAUUUGGUCCGGCGACACACACGGGCUCAGCGGCCGCCCUCAGGACAUGGCAGCGAUACACCACCUCCUGCUUACCGGUCAGGUGUCGUCACGCCCACCGAACUCGAACCGGAAGACUAUCGGCCUGCUCCAAGAGAGUACCGUGGCGGCAUCCUUGGAUCGCUGCUCAAGCUCUACAAUGAGCCACAAGAGCGUAGCAGUAGUCAUGGACGGAGCCACAGCCGGACAAGAUCAGGAUGGUUCCAUAGUGCGGACAAUACUCCAAACACCAGUACCACGCCUACACCACAACACUCUCCUCCCGCCUCUGGAUCAGUCACUCCGACUGGCGGCAGCGGUAGUCCCAAGAACUGGUUCCGGAAGCACAAUAACCACUCCAGUACAUCGUUGGCUCAACUGGUCGGGAACUCUGCAUCGCUCGGCUCGCCAGUUGUGUCUGGACUGGGCGAGCAGGUGACACGACGACUGAAGGAGCAGAAGCAUGCCGCGAAACAAGCCGCCAAACGGCCGGGAAUGGGCGUGAAGACCCACAGCUCCAAUGCUCUCGCUGCUUUGAACCGCGUUGCCCGUGGCCAGAAGCUGGAGGAGGAAAUUCGAAUUACCGUCCACAUCGCCGAAACGAUUGCGCGUCAGCGGUAUCUGAUGCGUCUAUGUAGAGCAUUGAUGCAGUAUGGAGCGCCCACACAUCGCUUGGAGGAGUACAUGCGGAUGAGCGCCCGGGUGUUGGAGAUUGACGCCCAGUUUCUCUACAUUCCUGGCUCGAUGAUCAUGUCGUUCGACGAUCCUGCUACGCACACCACCGAGGUCAAGCUGGUACGGGUAGCACAGGGGCUGGAUCUGGGCAAGCUUAGGGAUGUUCACGAGACGUACAAGGAUGUGGUGCACGACAAGAUUGGGGUGGAGGAGGCAACAAACCGCCUCAAGGAGAUCAUGAACCGAAAGGACAAACACAGUCGUUGGCUGCGAAUACCCGUCUAUGGCUUCGCAGCUGUAUGCGUCGGACCGUUCGCCUUCCAAGCACGCCUCAUCGACCUACCGAUCGCAUUCAUUCUGGGCUGCAUCCUCGGGUUUCUCCAACUCAUCGUCUCGCCAGCCUCAGACCUCUACGCCAACGUCUUCGAGAUCGUCGCGACGGUCAUCACUUCCUUCCUCUCCCGAGCUUUUGGCAGCAUCCCCUCCCAAGACGGCGGCUAUAUCUUCUGCUUCUCCGCCCUCGCCCAAUCCUCCAUCGCUCUGAUUCUACCCGGCUACAUAGUCCUGUGUGCCUCGCUAGAACUGCAGAGCAAAUCCAUCGUCGCCGGCAGCAUCCGCAUGGUCUACGCCGUCAUCUACACCCUCUUCCUCGGCUACGGCAUCACCAUCGGCACCGCCAUCUACGGCAUCAUCGACGGCAACGCCAGCUCGCAGACCGAAUGCACCAAUCCCAUCCCGGGCCACUGGAUCUUCUUCUUCGUCCCCGGCUUCACCCUCUGCCUCAUCAUCAUCAACCAGGCGAAAUGGAAGCAGGCGCCCGUCAUGCUCGUCAUCGCCUUCGCCGGCUACCUCGUCAACUACUUCUCCGCCAAACGCUUCGCCGGCAACACCCAGGUCAGCAACACCCUCGGCGCGCUGGCGAUCGGCGUCAUGAGCAACCUCUACUCCCGCAUAGGUAGCCGGGUGGAAAACAUGGCUCUGGACGUCUGGGAAGACGUGCUACGCCCCCACUGGAAGCGCUUCCGCAAGGUCGUCUUCGGCGUGCACGGCAGGAAGAAGAGCGCCAAGAGCCUCGAAGACGGCACAGCAAAGAGCGGCGACAAUGAGUCCAUGUUCAAGCGGCAGACUCGCAGGGUAGGCUACAGCCUCGCAGCUGCAGCGAUGCUGCCCGCCGUCUUCGUGCAGGUGCCUAGUGGGCUGGCGGUUAACGGCUCGCUGGUUUCGGGCAUUGCGUCGGCGAACCAGAUCGUGGGCAAUGCGACGAAUGGGACGCAGGUGCUGAACAGCUCGACGAUUGCCGUGGGCUCGGAUUCGCCGUUGAACAGCCUGGCGUUCAAUGUGAGUUAUUCGGUGAUUCAGGUGGCGAUUGGGAUUACGGUCGGCUUGUUCUUGAGCGCGAUUGUGGUGUAUCCGUUUGGGAAGCGGAGGAGUGGGCUGUUUAGCUUGUGA